CCCAUCCAUUUUUCGCUUGGUAUUAUUGACCAAAUAAUUUUAAAAAAAGUUAGGGUUUCUUUUCCUCAACAUAUAAAGCGCCCCCAAAACAAAAAACCUAAACCCCAGAGCAACUGCGGCCCUUUUUUUCCUCUACCAGGUGAUUUUAGCUUUGUGUGAGUUCCUUUAAGCAAUCAGCCAAGAUGCAGAACGAAGAGGGUCAAAACAUGGAUCUUUACAUCCCCAGGAAGUGUUCCGCCACUAACAGGCUCAUCACCUCUAAGGAUCACGCUUCCGUCCAAAUCAACGUGGGACACUUGGAUGAGCUUGGCAGAUACACUGGCACAUUCUCCACUUUUGCUCUUUGUGGAUUUGUCCGUGCCCAGGGUGAUGCUGACAGUGCUCUCGACAGGCUUUGGCAGAAGAAGAAAGCUGAAGUCCGACAGCAGUAGUUGGAUACCUUUUUACCCUAGUCUAUCUCCGAGCUUGGGAAUGAAAAAUCUCAUGGCAGUGACUAUUAUGUUCUAGGUCUUUUCAGGUUAAACUAUGUCAAAUUUAUAUUUUUGUUGAUUGGAUGACAUUUCAGACUUGGUUUUCUUAUAUUUGAACCUAAUAUAUAUGCCUUCGGUCAUGUUAAUCGACAUUUGUGAUCUUUUGGUUAUGAUUGUUCAAAUGUAGAGCUUUCUGGCA